GACGUAGGCGAGGCGGGCUUGUUGGCCGCGUGCGUCAAGGCUUGACUGGAGAGGUGGCUCCUCUUUCCCGGAGCAUAUGGGAUCUUAGUUCUCUGACCAGGGAUUGAACCCGCGCCACUGCAUUGGAAGCAUGGAGUCUUAACCACUGGACCACCAAGGAAGUCCCCCGGGCCUCAUCCAAUCAGUUGAAGACCUUAAUAGAACAAAGACCUGACCUCUGCCUAGCAAGACAGAGUUCUGCCAGCUGACUGCCUUUGGACUUGAACUGUAGCUCUUCCCUGGGUCUCCAGUCUGCUGCCCUAUCCUGCAGAAUUUGGACUCCCCAAGCUUCCACAGUCACAACAUCAAAAUUCCUCCUUUCCAUCCUUCAUCAAAACCAUCUCUGGCAGAUCUGGGAGAAAUUAAACCGGGUGUUCCCCAAACCUGGGAACAUUUUCUCACUAAUGAAAUCUGAGAAUAUUGAACUUCAAAGGCACAUGUGACCGCGGAGCAUCAGAACUCCUGUUUCUGGAUACAGCUGUGUUUUUUGAGGGGUCCUGUAGCAGAGGGCAGGGAUGCUGUGACCGAGUCUUGCUCCAGCAAUUUCAUCCCCUCUACCUGAAUGACCAGUUUUGGAGGGAGCCUGCAGACAUGACUGUCAGUAUCUUAGGUUUCAGGUUGUGUUUUAGGGUAGGACUUCACUGCCCAGCUCCAACCAGCUGUGCCCAAAGGCUCUGCGGCUCUGCCCAGGUCACCUCCCUCGGAACUCCGCGACUGAACGUCGGAGCCAGCCCUCGGCCCCCCUGCAGUCGGACGGUUACAGCCGCGGGAGACCUGGAGGCAGUGGCAGCGGCCCAGGAACGAGCAGCAGCGCCCGGGAAAGAAGCGGGAAGAGAAGAGUGUCAUCUCCUAGGAAUCCAGCACUGGAGAAACGAGGAAAAUUCUUCCAAAGAUGGUCUCCCAUUCAGAGUUGAGGAAACUUUUCUGUUCAGCUGAUGCAGUGUGCUUUGAUGUUGAUAGCACGGUCAUCAGAGAAGAAGGAAUUGAUGAGCUGGCCAAAUUCUGUGGAGUUGAGGAUGCUGUGUCAGAAAUGACACGGCGAGCCAUGGGCGGGGCAGUGCCUUUCAAGGCUGCCCUCACAGAGCGCUUAGCUCUGAUCCAGCCCUCCAGGGAACAGGUGCAGAGGCUCAUAGCAGAGCACCCCCCACACCUGACCCCCGGCAUCAGGGAGCUAGUAAGUCGCCUACAAGAGCGAAAUGUUCAAGUUUUCCUAAUAUCUGGUGGCUUUAGGAGCAUUGUGGAGUAUGUUGCUUCAAAGCUCAACAUCCCAUCAACCAAUGUAUUUGCCAACAGGCUGAAAUUCUACUUUAAUGGUGCAUAUGCAGGCUUUGAUGAGACACAGCCAACAGCCGAAUCUGGUGGGAAAGGAAAAGUUAUUAAAUUUUUAAAGGAAAAAUUUCAUUUUAAGAAAAUAAUCAUGAUUGGAGAUGGAGCCACAGACAUGGAAGCCUGUCCUCCUGCUGAUGCUUUCAUUGGAUUUGGAGGAAAUGUGAUCAGGCAGCAAGUAAAGGACAACGCAGAAUGGUACAUCACUGAUUUUGUAGAGCUUUUGGGAGAACUGGAAGAAUAAGAUCAGUUUUUGUAUAGUUCUUAACAACUUCAGGUUAAUUUUUAAAAGUUAUACAGUUUGAUACUGUUUGCUUCCAAUUGCCUAUUACGACCUAAUAUAUAAAUUUGGUACUGAUUAUGUGUACUUCCAAGUGAACUAUAGUUAGGGCUCUUAGAAUAUUAUGAUUUGGUUUUUGUUAACAGUAGUUCCGGUAUUAUUUUGACCAUUUAAUUAUCUGCAGAGUUUUAUAGUCUGAAUUCUUUAUGUAUUUUCCUAGCUAGAUUUUAUUUGAAGCGUUUUGAAGGUAGGUAGUGAAUUUAACGCCUUCACUACUGGAAAUAUGGAUUAGGUAGCUUUACGUGAAAUUGGUUUUCCCUUUAUAUAGAAAUAAAAAUUUAUUCACAUAUCAGAA